AUGCCUGUGGACAAUCCAGAUAAAUGUACUGUCCCAGCGUUCCAGUGGCUUACCCUGAUGGUCCAGGAGCCAAAGGUUGCCAACACCUGGUAUAUGCACAUACACAAGGCGCUUGAGACGCAGAAUGGUGAACUCUGUAGAUUAAAGGGGCAACUGGAAGAAAAGAAUAAGGCGCUUGAGACGCAGAAUGGUGAACUCUGUAGAUUAAAGGGGCAACUGGAAGAAAAGAAUAAGGCGCUUGAGACGCAGAAUGGUGAACUCUGUAGAUUAAAGGGGCAACUGGAAGAAAAGAAUAAGGCGCUUGAGACGCAGAAUGGUGAACUCUGUAGAUUAAAGGGGCAACUGGAAGAAAAGAAUAAGGCGCUUGAGACGCAGAGUGGUGAACUCUGUAGAUUAAAGGGGCAACUGGAAGAAAAGAAUAAGGCGCUUGAGACGCAGAAUGGUGAACUCUGUAGAUUAAAGGGGCAACUGGAAGAAAAGAAUAAGGCGCUUGAGACGCAGAAUGAAUGGAGAAAGGCUCGCAAUGAAACGGAUGACAUCACUCUUGAUGCAGGAACAGCCCACCCCAACCUCUCCAUUGCUGGGGAUAAGAAGAGUUUGAAACAUGAAGCCCAACCUCAACAAGUUUCAUAUAACCCAGAGAGGUUCGAUUCGACUGUCUGUGUGUUGGGCUCUGAAGGAUUCUCCUCUGGAAAGCACUACUGGGAGGUGGAUGUCAGGAGCAGCACUGACUGGGACCUGGGCGUGGCCAGAAAAUCCAUACAGAGACAAGGAAAACUUUCCCUGUCCCCUAAAGAGGGAUUCUGGGCUCUGGGUCUGAGUGGGAGAGAUUAUUGGGCAAAAACAGAUCCAUGGACCCGGGUCAUAGUGCAGAAGAAGCCCAAGAAAAUUGGAGUUUACCUUAGUUACAAAGAAGGGCAGGUGACAUUUUUCAAUGUAACUGACAUGUCUCUGUUGUUCACAUUUAACGAUUGUUCAUUCUCAGGUGCUGUUUAUCCAUUCUUUAAAAAUUCCCACAAAGAAACAGCAAUGAAAAUUUGUUCAAUUAAAGAAGAGGAAUAAAUUUAUAAUGGCAGUGAGGCUCAGUUUUGUUGACCAGUCUAAUUUAAAGCCCCCUGACACAUUAUAGCACGGUUGACCAAACUGAACCAAAGCAAUAGAAUGUUUUGCAGCCAGAAGAAAGACAAAGUGGAAAAACAUUGCCUGUGAAAUUUUAGUUACAUACAUUGCUAAUGCUGCAGGGGUGGCUCCCCGUGUAACACAUGGAACUGUACUGGAAUCUACAACUGAGCUCUCGCAAACAGAGCUAUAAACUAGGAUUUUUUUUUGUAUUACUAACUACUAGUUUAUCUGGAUAAGGUAUAUUAGCAGCUAAGAGUAAGUGAAUGAUAUAUUAUGCUAAUGGAUCUGUGCUAAAUUGUACAACCAAUCUUCGAGUCAGGUAUAAAUAUAGGUGGGGAAUGCACACAAACUUGAGAAAAUUUGACCAGCUUCACUGCUGUCUUCAGGAUGGGUUGGUAACAAAUUGACUUUUCCUUUCUUUAUCAUGCUGUGUUAAUCUUUGAUUAAUAAUUUUUUAUUAAUAAAAUUU